GUAACUGUGUCAGUGAUCUCACAAAGAAGGAGGUCACAAGGUGUUAGUGCAGCAUGUGGGGGAAUAAGGAUUACAGCAGACACGGUGACAGACAUGGAGGGGCAGAACAUGAUGACGGAGUCUGUGUGGACGAAGUGGUUUGUGGAUUAGGAAGAGGGGUAACGGAUGGAGACAAAACCAGGGGAGGUAGGAGUGGUGAAGACAGGGGUGGUAGAGUAGUCGGAAGGUGGGUAACAGACGGCGAUAAAACCAAGGGAAAUAAAAGCGGUGAAGACGGGGGGGAUGAAGUCAGGGGUGGUGAAGUGGCUGAAGCAGAGACAGGGGCGGCAAUCGUAGGUGAGACCCGAAGAGGGGACUCUGCAGGCGGUAAUGCAGGCAUGGCCACGGAUGCCAUGGAGGAACGCACCGAGACCAAGGGCGACACAACAGAUGCGGUGGUCACGGAUGCCAUGGAGGAAYACACUGAGACCAAGGGCGACACAACGGCUGCGGUGGCCACGGAUGCCAUGGAGGAACACACCGAGACCAAAGGCGACACAACAGCUGCGGGUCGAGUUGCUCCCGCGGAAUCAAUCGUAGAAGCAACCAAGGCCGAUGAGGAAGAGGCUGCGAACCGAAAAGGGGCAGCCAGGGUCACAAACGGCAUGGAAGGGGUUACUAAGACUGAUGAGGACGCAGGUGCGGCAGACGCAGGUAAUGAAGAAGAGGUUGUGAUAGGUGUGACAGGCGCCGAUAAUGAAGAAGGGGCUGUGACAGGCGUAGUCCGAGGACAGUGUGUAGAUACCCAAGAAAGCGGGUGAUGAAUAGACCAUCGAAGCAUGCUCUGGAACCAGUUGGAGAGGCGGGUCACAUGCGCAGGGUACCUGUGUUGACGUUUACGAAUAUAGGAAGUCCAUCCUUUCGCAAGCGUUGUUGGAGAGUGCCCGCGAAAAAGCAUGCGGCGUGUGAGCAUCGCUGCUGCAGUUUUGAAAUCAUACCAGUUGUUGCAGACAUACUCAAACCUAGUAAGCUGGCCUGUAAACACUCCCGCCGGCUGGUGUGCAGGGACGUUAGAUGUAGCACUAGGAUAACGAAUAACAGGGAAAUUCCAUUCAGCUGCUUUGUCAAAGACACUCAUACGCAGGGAGCCGUGAGGGCGGACUUGGAGGCGUGCACCCAAGAAUGUGCAAGAGUCAUCAGGCGUUGUGGUCUCCUUCCAUUUGAGGCCAUAGUGCUCUGACGGUGGUGGCAGAUGUCCCCAUGAGAGAACAUCAUCGAUCAAGCGGUAUGUGAACGCAUACCGUUGAGCUUCACAAAGAUCACGCCGCUGGAGGUCAUCAACAAAUCGAGCCUCAUCCC